GAGAGCUUAGGCCAGCUCUGAAAGAGGCUGAUUGUAAGGAUUUGCAGGAGUGAAAGUUGGAGGGCCUUCUACUUAGGAGAUAAACAUCUGCCCAGAUUUAAAGGUGGGAAGUGCCUGAAAUAUGCAAGACUGUAAAGAGACUGACCUACCAGCACUCAAAGGCUGAUAAAGGAGAAAGGCUGAUUUUGAGGAUGUAGUUUUCAGAUGUUGCAAAUAUCGCAAACAGAGACUUGUUUGGAUUAUGUGUUUCUCAGCUAGACUGAAUAGAUGUUAACAAUGGGUAAGUGCAAACACAUUGAGCAGUUGCAACUUGCUCAAGACCAUUCCAUCCUCAACCCUCAGAAAUGGCAUUGUGUGGACUGCAAUACAACGGAGUCAAUCUGGGCUUGCCUUAGCUGUUCUCAUGUUGCCUGUGGAAGAUACAUUGAAGAACAUGCACUCAGCCACUUUCAAGAUAGCAGUCAUCCUGUUGCCUUGGCGGUGAAUGAGAUGUGUGUUUUUUGUUACCUUUGUGAUGAGUAUGUUCUUAAUGAUAAUGCAACCGGAGACCUGAAGUUACUACGAAGUACCUUAAGUGCAAUCAAAAGUCAAAAUUAUCAGUGCACGACUAGUAGUGAAAGGGUUUUGCAGUCUAUGGGCACAAGUAAUGAUAUUUAUUACUUACAUGAUAGCACCCAAUCUCUGCUUCAAAAUGAAGAUCAAAUGUAUACUGCUCUUUGGCACAGGAGAAGGAUAUUAAUGGGUAAAAUCUUUCGAACUUGGUUUGAACAAUCACCCAUUGGAAGAAAAAGGCAAGAGGAACAAUUUCAGGAAAAAAUAGCAAAACGAGAAGUGAAAAAAAGACAACAAGAAUUAGAGUAUCAAGUUAAAACGGAAUUGGAAAGUAUACAUCCAAGAAAGAGUUUACGUUUGCAAGGUCUGGCUCAGUCUACCACGGUAGAAAUAGUUUCUGUUCAAGUACCACUACAAACCCCAGCAUCACCAGCAAAAGAUAAAGUAGUACCUACCUCAGAAGAUGUAAGAUUAAAAAAAACCCUUGACUCCUCAGGUAAACGAAGGCCAGUAGUAACUCCUGGUGUAACUGGAUUGAGAAAUUUGGGAAAUACUUGCUAUAUGAAUUCUGUUCUUCAAGUGUUGAGUCAUUUACUUAUUUUUCGGCAAUGUUUUUUAAAACUUGAUCUGAACCAAUGGCUGGCUGUGACAGCUAAUGAUAAGACAAGCUCACCUUAUAAGCCUCCACCAGUCACAGAUACAGUAUAUCAAGUGAAUGAAUGCCAAGGAAAAGAUACAGGCUGUGCUCCCUCCAGACAUCCAAGUUUAUCAGGACUAAGUGGUGGAGCAUCAAAGAGUGGAAAGAUGGAACUUAUUCAGUCAAAGGAGCCAAGUUCACAAUACAUUUCUCUCUGUCAUGAAUUGCAUACUUUGUUCCAAGUUAUGUGGUCUGGAAAGUGGGCCUUAGUCUCACCAUUUGCUAUGUUACACUCUGUGUGGAGACUCAUUCCAGCUUUUCGUGGUUAUGCCCAACAGGAUGCUCAGGAAUUUCUCUGUGAACUUUUGGAUAAAAUACAACAUGAACUAGAGACAACUGGUACUAGGUUACCAGCUCUUAUCCCCACUUCUCAAAGGAAACUUAUCAAACACGUUCUGAAUGUUGUAAAUAAUAUUUUUCAUGGACAACUACUUAGUCAGGUUACAUGUGUUGCAUGUGACAACAAAUCAAAUACCAUAGAACCUUUCUGGGAUUUGUCACUGGAAUUUCCAGAAAGAUACCAAUGCAGUGGAAAAGAUACUACUUCCCAGCCAUGUCUGGUUACUGAAAUGUUGGCCAAAUUCACAGAAACUGAAGCUUUAGAAGGAAAAAUCUACGUAUGUGACCAGUGUAACCCAAAGCGUAGAAGGUUUUCCUCAAAAUCAGUUGUACUCACAGAAGCACGAAAACAGCUUAUGAUUUGUCACCUACCUCAGGUUCUCCGACUACAUCUUAAACGAUUCAGGUGGUCAGGACAUAAUAACCGAGAGAAAAUUGGUGUUCAUGUUGGCUUUGAAGAAAUUUUAAACAUGGAGCCUUACUGCUGCAGGGAAUCCCUGAAAUCCCUCAGACCAGAAUGUUUUAUCUAUGAUUUAUCUGCUGUAGUAAUGCACCAUGGGAAAGGAUUUGGCUCAGGACACUACACCGCCUACUGCUAUAAUUCUGAAGGAGGGUUCUGGGUACAUUGCAAUGAUUCCAAGCUAAGCAUGUGCACUAUGGAUGAAGUAUGCAAGGCCCAAGCUUAUAUCUUGUUUUAUACCCAGCGAGUUACUGAGAAUGGACAUUCUAAACUCUUGCCUCCAGAACUCCUGUCUGGUAGCCAACAUCCCAAUGAAGAAGCGGAUACCUCUUCUAAUGAAAUUCUUAGCUGAUCCAAAGACAGUGGGGCUUUCUUCUUUUGAUUUUAUAUAUACUUUUUAAAAGGGCUUACAAUCUUGAGCUUCGUUGUUUUUUUACUUAGAAAUCAGUGCACUGUUUAUACAUUUUGUAUCUACAACAAAACUUUUUACAGAGACAAAAUGAGCAUAAACAUGUAUAUCAAUGAUAGCAUGUAACUAAACUUUUUUCAAGAACUUGGGAGUUUUAAACUUUCAGUGUUUACUUCGGACUGGCAUUACCUCUUUUAUAUUUUGAUGUCUUAAUUGGCUCAGAUCAUGAAUUUGUGCAAUCUUUUCCUGAAGUUGAGGUGGCACCAUUUUAUACAUUUUUUUAUUUAUCUUUUGUAGGUAUUUUCUAUACAAAUUCUUAUAGGUGGAAAUUAGAGUCUUCACUAAUAGUCUUACCAAAAAUGAUUUUUCUUUCAGGCCAUUUGUAUACUGAAGUUAUCUUUGCCCCUUGAAAAGGGAGUCAAACUACUAUAUUCACUGUGAAAUACCAAGGUAUUACCUAAAUACUCAUCAGUCACACUAAUUGGUACUACUGAGGCUUAGUGUGUUACAGAACUCAAAAUAGACAUUACUUUGGUUAAUGAAACUUCAUUUUUUUCAAAAAUGUAUUAAUUUUUAGUUAAUUGUUCUUUAUUUGGCAUCGUCAAACUUUACACAAAUGAAAAUGACCGCUUUAUAAAUAGUAUAUUUAAGUUACUUCAGUACUGCGGACAUGAAAACGAUGGUUUGGACUAUAACGAUGAUUAGUUUGGCCGCAAACAGGUUUGUCCAGAUUCUAAUAAAGCAGUCUUACCAAAAACCUGAUUUUCAGCAGUGUAUUAUGGUAAGCAAGUACAGUUUAACUUGGGUAUGAGUUUUGUUAUGUUUAACAUUAGAUCUCUUAAAAGCUUUGUACUCUAUCAUAAGAUUUUUAGUUUAAAGGAAAAAAGUCUUCUUGAAGAGAAAAAAUUGCUUAGGGCAGAGAAUUGUUCAAAAUUGACAACUGGGCAUUAUGUUCAGCAUCUCAUUUCUCUAAAUAAAAGCUGGAUUACUUACUCUUGCGCCGAUUAUGUGAAGAGUAGGACCCUCAGAUAUUCAAACACUUGGCCCUACCUUUUUAAAAAAUUAUCUAAACUUUUUGUUAAAUAUACUAUGACAUCCUCUCUGCUCUUCCCAAAUAAUCUUAUGAGAUCUCUUUAAAAUUCUCCUGCUGCUAAUUUGUCCCCUAACCUCUAGAGAUCAGCUCUUUCUCAUCUUAGUGUUAACCACGGGAAGAUCAUUUACUCUAAGUUUGCUUGUCGGUUGAAAUCUUCAUGAAAGAUAUCCUAUAGAAUGCUGUUUUCUGCCAGUGCUCAUCUAUUAAGUAUAAGCUUGAAAAGGCCCUCUAUUAGAAAACUUUCCUUAAAUUUUAGAGAGCAAUUCAUUGGGACAGCUGAUCAUGAAGUGCAAUGAGAAUUUAUCACUGAACAGACAUAUCAUUUAUGCCAAAAUACAGCCUGAGUAUUAAAUGGCUGGUUUAAAAUUCUUCUUUUAAAUACCUAUGCAAAUUGUUACCUCAAUUGCUAAUGUAAUUAUACCUCAUUAAAGAUUUAUGUGAUCAAAA